UGAGCCCUACAAAUCAUCCUGUGUGUGUUUGUGUGUGUAUGUUUGUGUGUGUGAGUGUGUGUGUGUUUCAGAGGGUGUGUAAUUUAUUUGGAAUUAUACCAGGGGUCUGUUGAACGUUUGAUUCUGACUGGUUGACAGACAUUCUAAAGUGUGCAAUGAUUUUUCAGUAAACACAUGGUUAUGAAGUAGUUCCAGGUCUUGACCGCAUUAUGGUUUAAAUGACUUAAAUUAAAUGACACCAGAUUAUUUUAGUAAACACUGCAAAAUAACCAAAUAAAAUAAAUUCAAUGGCUGAAUACUGUAGAUCAGAUGAUAUGGAUAACAAACAAUUUUUAUAUUACCUAAAUUAAUUUUAAUGUCUGUGGAAAGCAUCCUCGCUCUCACGUAUAUUCUUACACACAUACAUACGCACACAUAGACACUACUGAUGAACUUGCAGAACCUUCAUGUCAACGCACCCCCGUGACUCAAUUAAGCAGUUCAGCAAUUUAAAAGCUCUAUGGCAACAGUACCACCCUGCUACUGAGAAGUGUAGACUUUGACUUGGUGAUUUGAAGUGACAUUACUGCAGAUGAGAACCGCAGCAAACAUUUACAUGUCAUUUGUGCAUUUGGCUGACACUUUUAUCCAAAGACUGGUAAUCACACACACCCAAGCGCGCUCUCUCUGUCUCUCUCUCUCUCUCUCUCUAUCUCUCUGUCUCUCUCUUUCACUUAAGUACACAAUACCUUGUUACUUCAAUAAGAAGUUGAAAUUUAAUAAAUACUUAAAAGCAGCGCAUGGGUCUGUUACUAGUAGAUGGAUCUGUGGCACAAGUAGUUCAACGCUCAAGUGUUUAAGGGACAAAAACCAGAACAUUUCUUGAGGUAAAAAUAGGAAUGCACCAAUACCAUUUUUCUCUUUUGGUUCUGACACCUGAACUGUUGGUAUCGGCCAGUACAGAUCCGAUACAUGUUGUUUUUAUUGUAAUAAUAUCAAACUCACCAGAUCUCAUUCAUGAAACACGAGCAGAACAAACUUUUGAGUAAAUCAUUCGUAAAACAGUUCUGACAUAAGUUUUCAAAGAAUUUUUCGUAUUUUCAAAAUGUUAAUUGGUAUGAACAAAAUAUACACCUGCUCCCGACCACAGUUAUAUGGUGCAUAAGACAUCCGAAUGUUUGUGUUCUUUCAGGCAAACUGUCAUGACUACAUUUUGAUAUUUGUGAAAUUAAAUAUAAAUAUAACUACUAAUUGAGUAAAAUUUACCUUAAAAAUAACAUAAAGGUAGUUUUUUGUUUUCAUUUAAAAACGUUUCUUUGAUGCUUACAUUUACUUCUUUAAAGUAUAGUUUAUUUCCCAGCUUCCCAACUGCUUCAUACAUUUCAUAUUGUUUUUCCAGCAUAAUUGCUUGACAUGGGGCGAAAAAGUCGUGGUAAGAUGUUGUUGUUGAUUUUCUCUGAAAAAUGAAUGCCCUCUAACUAGGGCUGCUCGAUUAUGGCAAAAAUCAUAAUCACGAUUAUUUUGGUCAAUAUUGAGAUCACGAUUAUUUAACAACUUUUAAAAAAUACUUGCCUUUUUAACAGUGGAUUUCCUUGAACUUGAAAUGUAAACUGCACUUAGGUUAUGUAUGAUAGUCAAAUAAAGGAAAGCCUCCAUCACCAUCAUUUACAGCAGGGAUGCUCAUAGUUCUAUGGAAUGAGAUCUACUUUUUCAUCAUGUUAUUGCAGCAAGAUCUACCAUGUACAAUAAAAACUAUACAUUAUCACAAUACCAAAAUUUCAGUAAUCUUUAGUAAAAUUUGAUGAUUCUCAAUACCAGCUUUAAUACCGCAACUAAUAAUAACAUUAACUAAUAUGUUAAUUAUGGAUGAAUGGUUUCAAGUUCUUAAGUAAUUAUUUAAUAAAAUAAUAGAACAAAAAUUACAAAUUAAGGGGUCUGAUUUGGGGACCCCAAUGGGACCGCCUCCGCCGGGUAUCCCCCCGCGGACCUCCCAUUCCCCAGCACGCUCGUCUGCCCCAAUUGGGCUUCCGGAUGAGUCCGCCGGCUCGUCUCAUGGCGAGUUCGACCUCUUAUUCGAAGCCAGCGAAAGUGAUGAGCUCUCGAGCGCAGCAUCGGAGAGCGGGCUCGUCCAGUCGGAAGCCUCAGCUGGGCUCCUCCCCUCGGGGUCGAUUGCCCAGUCACAGGCUGACGCGGAGAUGACGACAUGCUUUCCCGGGCAGCCGUGAGCGUCGGCUAGAGUGGAACUCACUGCUCUUCCCUGAACCUUUGCGGCUCGGUGAUUGGUUCCUGGGCUCGCGGCGCCACUCAAAGCCACGCCCUGCCCCCGUUCCUUUCUUCCCGGAAGUGCAUGAAGAGCUGACAAGGACGCGGGAGGCACUUUUUACUGCCCGGUCCCGAUCUUUUCAGCUUCCCGCCCUCACUACCCUCGAUGGUGGGGCGGCCAAGGGCUAUUCGGCAGUCCCCCGGUGGAUAAAGGCGCUCGCGGUGCACCUAUGCCCGCAGAGCGCCGCCACCUGGCGCGGGUGCCCAAAGCCCCCGUCCAAGGCCUGUAGGUUUACAUCGUCUCUGACGGCCAAAGCCUACGGUGCCGCUGGACAAGCCACCUCCGCCCUGCAUGCCAUGGCUCUCCUGCAAGUCCGCCAAGGCGCUAAAGGAACUGCACGAUGGUAGUUCCGCCCUGGGAUUGAUGCAGGAACUGCGCUCGGUGACCGACCUCGCUCUCCGAGCGACGGAGGUCACGGCGCAGUCUCUCGGGCGGACGAUGGCCACACUAGUGGUCUAGGAGCGCCACCUUUGGCUCAACCUGGUCGAGAAGGCCGACAAGACACAAUUCCUUGCUGCCCCCAUUUCCCAGGCGGGCCUAUUUGGCGACACCGUCGAGGACUUUGCCCUGCAGUUUUCGAUGGUAGAGCAGUAGAGGGAUGCUAGCCGGCAUAUCCUGCCCCGGCGCGGCUCAAGAUUCCACACCCCGUCUACUCAUCGCCAAGGGCGUCCCCCUGCGGUGACUGCACCGGCUCCGCCGCAGCCUGCCCCUUCGGCCCGGCCCUGGCGUGGAGCCCACUGCAGGAAGCAGAUGCCACCCGUCUCGCGGCCGCCCAGAACCCGUGAAAGGCUUCAAAGCGCCCUUGAGACGGGUGACCCAGGGACAACGAAACCCGCUGAUCUGGAGCUGGUAAGCAGAUCUCCAUCUUUUUGUUACCUUUUGCAUUUAAUUGCACUGCAUGCCCAAGUGGCUGCAGUACUCAAGAGCUCAGCAAGAGCGGUUUCCUUGUUCUCUGGGUCACGUAUCCGGUGUGCACGGCCGUCAUCAGGACCACUGUCCACCACUCUAUUUGGCAGGUUUGGCGCUCCAGCGGUGGUCUCCCGCCCCUGAGCUCCCAGCUGUGGCACAGAUCUGCCCCCGAUGUGACAGUCUCCACGGGUCACGAGGACAGGCCUCUUCCUCCCCCGUCCCAGGCUGUUCCGGGGGUGGUCACAAGGAGCCAGGUAAGUGCUUCGAUGUCGUUAGACUCAGCACGGCCACGACGUGGUGUGGCACCUCGAGCUCUGCCCUGCUGCGAGGCCCCACCUGCCGGUACGUCCGAUAACGUUGUCCCUUUGGUCCCCCUUGCGCAGAACUUGGACGCAUGGCUUGCGCUUUCCAAUCCGUCGUGAGGGCUGGUCCGGACCGUCCAACUCGGCUGCGCGAUUCACUUCGCCGGGCAUCCGCCCAGGUUCAGCGGUGUCCACUUCACCUUGGUGAAAGACGAAAACGCUGCUACCUUGCGCGGAGAUCGCUACCCUCCUACGGAAGGGCGCGAUAGAACCUGUCCCUCCAGCCGAGAUGAAGAAGGGGUUUUUCAGCCCCUACUUCAUCGUACCGAAAAAAGGUGGUGGGUUGAGGCCAAUCUUGGACCUGUGAGUUCUGAACUAGGCUUUACACAGACUCCCAUUCAAGAUGCUGACGCAAAAACACAUUCUGGCGAGCGCCCGGCAUCAAGAUUGGUUCGGCGGUAGACCUGAAGGAUGCGUACUUCCACGUCUCGAUCCUUCCUCGACACAGACCCUUCCUGCAGUUUGCGUCCAAGAAUCAGGUGUAUCAGUACAAAGUCCCCGUCUCCUUGCGUCUUUAUGAAGGUCGCAGAGGCUGCCCUUGCCCCAUUAAGGGAAGUGGGCAUUCGCGUUCUCAACUAUCUCGACGACUGGCUAAUCCUAGCUCAUUCUCGAGACAUGUUGUGCCCACACAGGGACCUGGUGCUCUCACACCUCAGCCGACUAGGGCUUCGGGUCAACUAGGAAAAGAGCAAGCUCCUCUCUGUUCAGAGCAUCUCUUUUCUCGGUUUGGAGUUGGACUCAGUCUCCUUGACGGUGCGCCUUACGAACGAGCGUGCCCAGUCGGUGCUGGCCUGUUUGAAGGCGUUCAAACAGAAAACAGCGGUUCCACUGAAACUUUUUCAGAGGCUCCUGGGGCAUAUGGCAUCCUUGGCGGUGGCCACCCCGCUCGGGUUGAUGCAUAUGAGGCUGCUUCAGCACUGGCUCCAGACUCAAGUCCCGAGAUGGGCAUGGUGCCACGGGACAUGUCGCGUGGUCAUCACGCCGGUCUUUCACCGUCUUUUCAGCCCUUGGACCGACCUCUCAUUUCUACGGGCAGGCGUUCCUCUAGAACUGGUCCCCAGGCGUGUCAUGGUCACGACAGAUGCCUCCAAAACGGGCUGGGGUGCUGUUUGCAAUGGGCACACAGCUGCCGGCCUCUUGACGGGUCCGCGAUUGCAUUGGCACAUCAACUGCCUCGAGUUGUUGGCAAUUCUGCUCGCCCUGACGAGAUUUUGGCCGUUGAUCCAGGGCAAGCACGUGUUAGUUCAGACAGAUAACACGACAACAGUAGCAUAUGUCAACCGCCAAGGCAGUUUGCGCUCUCGUUGUAUGUCACAACUCAUCCGCAGUCUCCUCCUGGAGUCAGCAGCACUUCAAGUCACUUCAAGCCACUCACAUCCCGGGCAAUCUCAACACUACAGCGGAUGCGCUGUCACGACAGGUUACCCUCAGGGGAGAGUGGAGACUCCACCCUCAGGUGGUCCAGCUGAUUUGGAGUCGAUUCGACAGGCACAGGUGCACCUGUUCGCCUCCCAAGAAUCCUCCCCACUGCCCGCACUGGUACGCCCUGACCGAGGUCCCCCUCGGCAUAGACGCGCUGGCACACAGCUGGCCCCCUGGCAUGCGCAAAUAUGCGUUUCCCCCAGUGAGCCUGCUUGCACAGACCCUGUGCAAGGUCAGGGAGGAAGCGGAGCAGGUCGUCCUGGUAGCACCCUUCUGGCCCGCCCAGAUGUGGUGCUCGGACCUCACGCUUCUCGUGACAGCUCCCCCCUGGCGAAUUCCCCUGAGGAAGGACCUUCUUUCUCAGGGACGGGGCACCAUCUGGCACCCACGCCCAGACCUCUGGAAUCUCCAUGUCUGGUCUCUGGACGGGACGGGGAAGACCACCUGUGGUGGUAGACACAAUCACUCAGGCUAGGGCCCCCUCUACGAGGCGCCUGUAUGCCUUGAAGUGGCGUCUGUUCGCUAUGUGGUGUUCUUCCUGUCGGGAAGACCCCCAGAGAUGUGCAGUCAGAUCAGUGCUUUCCUUCCUGCAGGAGAGGUUGGAAGGGAGGCUGUCCCCUUGAACCUUGAAGGUGUACAUUGCUGCCAUAGCAGCACACCACGACGCAGUCGACGGUAAGUCCUUAGGGAAGCAUGACCUGAUCAUCAGGUUCCUAAGAGGCGCCAGGAGGCUGAAUCCCUCCAGUCUGUGCCUCGUUCCCUCAUCGGACCUCUGUAGUUCUUCAGGGUCUACAGAGAGCCCCCUUUGAGCCUUUGCAGUCAGCCGAGCUUUAGGCACUCUCCUUGAAGACUGCCCUCCUGACAGUGCUCACUUCCAUGAAGAGGGUAGGUGACCUGCAAGCGUUCUCUGUCAGCGAAACGUGCCUGGAGUUCAGUCCAGGUUACUCUCACAUGAUCCUGAGACCCUGACCGGGCUAUGUGCCCAAGGUUCCCACCACCCCUUUAGGGACCAGGUGGUGAACCUGCAAACCUGUUUGAAUGAAACAAAUACGUGUUUCAGUCACUGCCAUGAUCCAUGUGUAAGGAAGGACAAAGAUGCGAUGAACGCAUGCAUCAACCUGUUUUUAAUAAAUGUAUGUUUUAAUCCUUAUUUUGUGUCACUUUUUCACUGAAAAGUACUGUAUAUCAAUAAAUGUUGAAAUGCAAAUCCAUAAGAGCUGCUAAAGGUAAUGAGUUAUAAUGUUUGAAAUAGAUUAAAUAUAUGGAGUGUGGUUAAUAAUUCAGUAUUUUAGCGCAGUUAUUUAUUUAUUUAUUUAGUUUGAUAAUACAACUGCUUCAUCAGAGAGUUUUUAAAGCAUGUUCAGAGUAAGAUAACAGCUAAUGUAUUUAUAAAUAAAUACAUCUGGGACAUGUAUCCAAAGAAAAGUCAUUUGCAAUCUUGUAUGGUGGAAUUUAUCAUUGAAUCUCAACUGGUAUGAAAUAUCAUCAAUGAAUGAAACGUGUUAAUGAGAUGGCCAGACUGCUGCAGGUUAUACAUGUUUGAUUUAUUAUUCUGGAGCUGAGUUUAGCUACAUUUGGAAAUGAAAAAAUAUAUUUAGAGGCAAAUUUAAGCAAAUUAUAAAAUUGAGACAUCAUGUUAGCACCAGAAAUAUGAUUUAUUCAUUUAAUCAACUGACUGCCCUAAAAAAAAAAAGAAAUAAUCUGCCUUCCCAUGGAUAAAUCUCUGCACGUAGGCACGCUGAACGCUGUAACCAGAAACGCCUGAGCCGCACUACUUAGAACGCGGAAGCAGUUGUGCAAGUAGCCCAUUAUGGAGAAGAAAACAAUGCAGCAUUAGUUUGAAGCGUCGACCAGAAACCACAAAUAAUAUCAGAUUGUCUCGUCAAGUUAAGCUUUGCUGACCACAACAUUAAACUAGAUUGAAAAUAAAUGAAACAAUACUACAAGAGAAUAAAGGAGCAAAACAUCAUUUACGUUUAUCGUGUAAUUAGUAGAUAGAUUCAGUUCAGCAAUUUAAAAGCUCUAUGGCAACAGUACCACCCUGCUACUGAGAAGUGUAGACUUUGACUUGGUGAUUUGAAGUGACAUUACUGCAGAUGAGAACCGCAGCAAACAUUUACAUGUCAUUUGUGCAUUUGGCUGACACUUUUAUCCAAAGACUGGUAAUCACACACACCCAAGCACGCUCUCUCUCUCUCUCUCUCUCUCUCUCUCUCUCUCUCUCUCUCUCUCUCUCUCUCUCUCUCUCUCUCUCUGUCUCUCUCUCUCUCUCUCUCUCUCUAUCUCUCUGUCUCUCUCUUUCACUUAAGUACACAAUACCUUGUUACUUCAAUAAGAAGUUGAAAUUUAAUAAAUACUUAAAAGCAGCGCAUGGGUCUGUUACUAGUAGAUGGAUCUGUGGCACAAGUAGUUCAACACUCAAGUGUUUAAGGGACAAAAACCAGAAAAUUUCUUGAGGUAAAAAUAGGAAUGCACCAAUACCAUUUUUCUCUUUUGGUUCUGACACCUGAACUGUUGGUAUCGGCCAAUACAGAUCCGAUACAUGUUGUUUUUAUUGUAAUAAUAUCAAACUCACCGGAUCUCAUUCAUGAAACACGAGCAGAACAAAUUUGUGAGUAAAUCAUUCAUAAAACAGUUCUGACAUAAGUUUUCAAAGAAUUUUUCGUAUUUUCAAAAUGGUAGUUGGUAUGAACAAAAUUUACACCUGCUUCCGACCACAGUUAUAUGGUGCAUAAGACAUCCGAAUGUUUUGUGUUCUUUCAGGCAAACUGUCAUGACUACAUUUUGAUAUUUGUGAAAUUAAAUAUAAAUAUAACUACUAAUUGAGUAAAAUUGAACUUAAGAAUAACAUAAAUAAUAAAAAAAGUAGUUUUUUGUUUUCAUUUAAAAAUGUUUCUUUGAUGCUUGCAUUUACUUCUUUAAAGUAUAGUUUAUUUCCCAGCUUCCCAACUGCUUCAUACAUUUUAUAUGGUUUUUCCAACAUAAUUGCUUGACAUGGGGCGAAAAUGUCGUGGGAAGAUGUCUAACUAGGGCUGCUCAAUUAUGGCAAAAAUCGUAAUCACGAUUAUUUUGGUCAAUAUUGAGAUCACGAUUAUUUAACGACUUUUAAAAAAUACUUGCCUUUUUAACAGUGGAUUUCCUUGAACUUGAAAUGUAAACUGCACUUAGGUUAUGUAUGAUAGUCAAAUAAAGGAAAGCCUCCAUCACCAUCAUUUACAGCAGGGAUGCUCAUAGUUCUAUGGAAUGAGAUCUACUUUUUCAUCAUGUUGUUGCAGCAAGAUCUACCAUGUACAAUAAAAACUAUACAUUAUCACAGUACCAAAAUUUCAGUAAUCUUUAGUGAAAUUUGAUGAUUCUCAAUACCAGCUUUAAUACCGCAACUAAUAAUAACAUUAACUAAUAUGUUAAUUAUGGAUGAAUGGUUUCAAGUUCUUAAGUCAUUAUUUAAUAAAAUAAUAGAACAAAAAAUACAAAUUAAGAAUAUUCAGUGCUUUUUUUAACCGCUUUAAAAGUUUUUAACUGCAGAAGGCUAUCAAGUAUUCAAGUAAACAUUCAGAAUUAAAUGCAACAACUACUUCUGGUCUUCACUGUAUGAGUGUAAUACAUUAAUACUUUUUAAAGCUACUAAAGUUACACAGUCAAGAGCAGUGAGUGUUUUGUUUGAUUAUUAUAAUGACACACUAGACAGCAGCAGGUCUAUUAGCUUACAUUUAUACUUACAAGUCUGACAUUAAAAUACAUUUUUUUCUCCGCUGUUUACUUUCACUGUAGACAUCACCCACUGUGUAUACAUUAAUACCUCACCAAGACGGGAAUUUUGGUGGAAUUUUGAAAUGCAUUUGACCGUUCAGGUGCGCAUUUUCAGCACAUACACAUACCUGCCUGUCAAUCAAACAGGGCGCAGCUGUUACUAGAUCGCUUGUGAAUAAUAAAAUUAUAUGCUCUAGAUUAUUUUCCACAGCAGAAUAAGAAUAUUAACUUUCUAAUAAGUGACACAGGCCUAGGCUAUCACAAACACAUUCGUUAUUGACGUUUUAAUCAGUCUGCUUGUCUGGUCGGGUAAGUAAAAUUCUCUUUCACUUGCCCCUUCAAAAAUCCACUUGUCCCAGACAAGCAUUAAUGUCGAGCCCUGAUUAAAUAUUGUACUCAACAUUCUCAGAUAAUCUGCAGUGUAGCUCUUAAAGUAAAUGCACGUUAUUUUAAAGGAAUUUUAGAUAUUAUUUUGGAAAACAAGCCAAAACAGAUUAAUCAGAAACGUUUUUUGUUCCAGUAUAAAAUGGGAUAAGACUCUCUCACCUUUAUGUUCACUUCGAUCUACACUAUAUUGCCAAAAGUAUUCGCUCAUCUGCCUUUAGAUGCAUAUGAACUUAAGUGACAUCCCAUUCUUAAUCCAUAGGGUUUAAUAUGACGUCGGCCCACCCUUUGCAGCUAUAACAGCUUCAACUCUUCUGGGAAGGCUUUCCACAAGGUUUAGGAGUGUGUUUAUGGGAAUUUUUGACCGUUCUUCCAGAAGCGCAUUUGUGAGGUCAGACACUGAUGUUGGACGAGAAGGCCUGGCUCGCAGUCUUCGCUCUAAUUCAUCCCAAAGGUGCUCUAUCGGGUUGAGGUCAGGACUCUGUGCAGGCCAGUCAAGUUCUUCCACACCAAACUCACUCAUCCAUGUCUUUAUGGACCUUGCUUUGUGCACUGCUGCGCAGUCAUGUUGGAACAGGAAGGGGCCAUCCCCAAACUGUUCCCACAAAGUUGGGAGCAUGGAAUUGUCCAAAAUCUCUUGGUAUGCUGAAGCAUUCAGAUUUCCUUUCACUGGAACUAAGGGGCCAAGCCCAGCUCCUGAAAAACAACCCCACACCAUAAUCCCCCUCCACCAAACUUCACAGUUGGCACAAUGCAGUCAGACAAGUACCGUUCUCCUGGCAACCGCCAAACCCAGACUCGUCCAUCAGAUUGCCAGAUGGAGAAGCAUGAUUCGUCACUCCAGAGAACGCGUCUCCACUGCUCUAGAGUCCAGUGGCGGUGUGCUUUACAUCACUGCAUCCGACGCUUUGCAUUGCACUUGGUGAUGUAUGGCUUGGAUGCAGCUGCUCGGCCAUGGAAACCCAUUCCAUGAAGCUCUCUACGCACUGUUCUUGAGCUAAUCUGAAGGCCACAUGAACUUUGGAGGUCUGUAGCGAUUGACUCUGCAGAAAGUUGGCGACCUCUGUGCACUAUGCACCUCAGCAUCCGCUGACCCCGCUCUGUCAUUUUACGUGGCUGUCAUUCCCAAUCGCUUCCACUUUGUUAUAAUACCACUGACAGUUGACUGUGGAAUAUUUAGUAGCGAGGAAAUUUCACGACUGGACUUGUUGCACAGGUGGCAUCCUAUCACAGUACCACGCUGGAAUUUACUGAGCUCCUGAGAGCAGCCCAUUCUUUCACGAAUGUUAGCAGAAGCAGUCUGCAUGCCUAGGUGCUUCAUUUUAUACACCUGUGGCCAUGGACGUGAUUGGAACACCUGAAUUCAAUUAUUUGGAUGGGUGAGCGAAUACUUUUGGCAAUAUAGUGUAUCUUUAACUCACAAAAAAAAAAGAAAAGUUAUCUUCUUUAUAGAGCUGCGUUUCGCUGAUUUUCUUCAUGAUAAGAUACAUGCAGUGAACGUGUCACAUGUAUUAUGAUUCACUACAUCGCGAGCCAUCACGUUAUAAUCUAAUCUCGUGAGUGACGAGCGUCCCCGCGCCAGAGAGAAGAUUCAAUCUUCCCCGGUCACUUCACACAACUCAUAGACGCGGCACUGACCGCACACAAAAAUGCCAGUUUCGGAGAUUAUUUGAACUUUAAUAAAGGAUGCUUUAAAGAUAUAAUGCCGGGGUGUUUCAUUGCGAAACAGAAUGUGGCACAAUAAUCGUUUUAUCUCGAUAUCUUGUUUUCAUAAUCAUUGGAAGCCAAGAUCGUAAUUGAAAAUAACAUUUGCCCUACCUCUAACGUGACUGGUUGGACAGUUUCUUCAUUUGAUAUGAGCUGUAUAAUUUACAUUUAAUUCAGUAUAGGCAUCAAUAAAUUGCGUUCAGUUGAUAACGUAUGCUCUGUGUUAAUGCUUUUAAACUUAUGAAUAAACACAUGUCGUGGGUAGGUGCGGGCACAAUACAAUGGGCAAAAAUAGCUCCUGGAACUAUUUCAGGUUGAUGUUGUUUUUCCACCACAAGAACUGAACCAAACCAGGACCUUUUUUAGUACCUGUUCCAGAGGUGGUACUUUCCUUGUAAGUAGAACUAUUUAGGUGGAAUCAGAACAGCAAAUGCUUCCCGUUGGUCAAGAAAUAUGCGCCUUCACCCAUCAGAAAACCGAUUCAGCCAUUUGUAAAAGACUGGUUACUAAAAUUUGCCAAAACUUUUGUUGAGUUGUUGCUAUUGUAGGUUUUUCAAAUCCAAAUGCAGAUGGACAGACACUGCUGUGCAGGAUAUACUGAGUAAUGGACUACUUGCACUGAGCCUCAUGACGUACUUUCGCUUUGAAAUAGUGCGGCCCGCUAGUUUCCAGUUAAACGUAUUUACAUGCGCUGUAGUUACCUAGUUCCUGAAACACCACUUAUAAUGAAAGUUCGAAUGAGGAUUUUAAAGUACGGAUCUUUUUGGAGAUAGGAGAUUAAAUAUUUUGAACAUUACCGUGUACAGUUUCUUCAAAAUUCAGGGGAAGAUCAGUUUUCAGAGCUUUAAUUCAGCCCGAGCUGAUCUGAGAAUGGCUGGUAAACUAGAUACUCCACUCCAAUCCAAGUACAUUUCACAGUUUCUCCUCACACGGAGGUCUGUAGCAGACAUUUAUCCACAGAUCAGCUUGAAACACAAAUGACAAAAGGUUGAAUGAGUCAAAGGGUGUCAGCACAAGCGACGCUGUUUGAAUGAAACAAAUACGUGUUUCAGUCACUGCCAUGAUCCAUGUGUAAGGAAGGACAAAGACGCGAUGAACGCAUGCAUCAACCUGUUUUUAAUAAAUGUAUGUUUUAAUCCUUAUUUUGUGUCACUUUUUCACUGAAAAGUACUGUAUAUCAAUAAAUGUUGAAAUGCAAAUCCAUAAGAGCUGCUAAAGGUAAUGAGUUAUAAUGUUUGAAAUAGAUUAAAUAUAUGGAGUGUGGUUAAUAAUUCAGUAUUUUAGCGCAGUUAUUUAUUUAUUUAUUUAUUUAUUUAGUUUGAUAAUACAACUGCUUCAUCAGAGAGUUUUUAAAGCAUGUUCAGAGUAAGAUAUCAGCUAAUGCAUUUAUAAAUAAAUACAUCUGGGACAUGUAUCCAAAGAAAAUCAUUUGCAAUCGUUGUAUGGUGGAAUUUAUCAUUGAAUCUCAACUGGUAUGAAAUAUCAUCAAUGAAUGAAACGUGUUAAUGAGAUGGCCAGACUGCUGCAGGUUAUACAUGUUUGAUUUAUUAUUCUGGAGCUGAGUUUAGCUACAUUUAGAAACGAAUAUAUUUAGAGGCACAUUUAAGCAAAUUAUAAAAUUGAGACAUCACGUUAGCACCAGAAAUAUGAUUUAUUUAUUUAAUCAACUGACUGCCCUAAAAAAAAAAAGAAAUAAUCUGCCUUCCCAUGGAUAAAUCUCUGCACGUAGGCACGCUGAACGCUGUAACCAGAAACGCCUGAGCCGCACUACUUAGAACACAGAAGCAGUUGUGCAAGUAGCCCAUUAUGGAGAAGAAAACAAUGCAGCAUUAGUUUGAAGCAUCGACCAGAAACGACAAAUAAUAUCAGAUUGUCUCGUCAAGUUAAGCUUUGCUGACCACAACAUUAAACUAGAUUGAAAAUAAAUGAAACAAUACUACAAGAGAAUAAAGGAGCAAAACAUCAUUUACGUUUAUCGUGUAAUUAGUAGAUAGAUUGUGUUCAUUUUGUUGCCAUAGAGCUUUUUAAUUGCUGAACUGCUUAAUUGAGUCACUGGGGUGCGUUGACAUGAAGGCUCUGUAAGUUCAUCAAUAGUGUCUAUGUGUGCGUAUGUAUGUGUGUAAGUGUGUAAGAAUAUACGUGAGAGCGAGAGUGCUUUCCACAGAUAUUAAAAUUAAUUUAGGAUAAUAUAAAAAGUCCUUUGCGUGUUUUUCUUACUUUUUGGCAAUACGCGUCUUGUCCACAAGAAGUUUUGCACGACAAAACAGGAUGACAAAAAACUGACACAAAAUCUUUCACAGAGUCAUCCAUUGUUUUUGUUUUGAAGCGAGUGUCGCAUUAAGUUCAGGCAUCGCCUUUACAACAGCGUCACAUUAAAUUAUUUAAAUAAAGUUCCUGCUUUCUGUGUCCCUGGUGGAAAAACAAUGUUGGAAUACUGCUGGAACAGGUUUAGUUCUACAAGGAACUGAUUUUAGUUCAGGUACAAGUUCAACAAUUGUGUGGAAAACACCUACUGUCCUAUAGCUUACAAAUCUUUAUUUGUUUACAGCGUUUCGGUCAAAUACUCUCUUCAGUCAUUCUGUUCAUUUCUCUGAAGAUUCUUCCAGUUGUAAGGGAUGUACAUCACUGUUACCAUCAUGAUUUACUCGCUCAACUGAACCAGAUAAUGUUAAUGUUGGUGGACAUCCUUCUGUUGGUGUAAACGGAAAUUGUUUGCUGUGCAUUAAUUAUCCGGUUCACUGACUGAAGGCCGAAACAUACUUCACACAAGUACACAAAUGCAGACGCGAGCGCUUGGCCAACGCAUGGUCCCGUUGUACAUACAUUACAUGCACUCUUGCGUUGCUCUGGUAGUUACAAACCUCAGACCACAAGGGGGCAAUAGAUUUUUUAGGCGUGACCAUGAAACCAGAUUUAUAUUUACAUUACAUUUACAUUUAUUCAUUUGGCAGAUGCUUUUAUCCAAAGCGACUUACAAAAGAGGAAAACAUAAGUGAAUCAUCUUAAGGAGACAGUGGUAUGGAAAGUGCUGUAUUACAAGGUUUCACUAGCAUCAGAAUAGUAUUCAAAACAGAAUAAAGUGCAACAAGAAUAUUUUUUUCUUUUUUUUUAAUGACUGGUUUAGUGCUCAUGGAAAAGAUGUGUUUUUAGUCGUUUUUUUGAAGACAGAGAGUGAGUCAGCUUCAUGGAUGGAGUUGGGAAGGUCAUUCCACCAAUGUGGUACGAUGAAGCUGAAAGUCCGGGAAAGUGUUUUGGUGCCUCUUUGUGUUGGUACAACAAGGCGACGUUCCUUAACCAACCGCAGGCUUCUAGUGGGCGCGUAGCUCUGCAUAAAUGAUUUAGGUAUGCUAUGUAUGAUGUUGUAGAUGAGUCGAUAGUUGAGCAGUGGGGAGAGACACAGAGAAAAAACAAGUUUGUUUGAAUGGACAGGAGACUAAAAGUCAUAUAUAUUUUUCGAAAAGCUUCAACUCAAAUUGCUGCUUGAGUCCACCAUGACAUUUGUUGAUUGAAAGAAGAAAAUCUGCUCUAGUGCCCCUUGCGGCAACACUGAGAAUGCAAUGCGUACUUGCGUUGGGUUAUGAAUUGGCUCUGACACAUUUCACAGCGCAACGACACGUGAAAUCAAGCUUGCGUAGCAAGGUGCGUCUGCGUUCACAUACUUGCAUAGAGUAUGUUUGGGCCUUGAAUCUUUUUACUACAAGUGUGAUGAAACAUCAUUUUGUGGGCAUGUGAGGAGUUGAGUUUGACAGCGGUCUAGAGUUUGUAAGAACAAUAAUGUUAUGAUGGGACAGAAUAUUUAAACUGGUUGCAUGAAGACAAAAUCUGAAUUGGCCAUUUUUAAACCCUUUUAACGUCUAUGUUUUAGUGUGUGUGCAUUUAAAUGGCCGACAUCAAUUACAUAUAAAUUAUGUAUUUAAGUUGCAGGAUCUUAAAGAUGAUGAAAAAAAUGAAUGAGUCCCAUUGUGUGGAACUGAUUGGAAGUACUCUUUUAUGCAUAAAGAAACUAAACAGGUUCUACUGUUGCUUGUGUUUGUACUGUGUAAUACUGUUGUACUACAGUUGUGCUAUCUUUGAGGGUUGCCAAACUAAAUUUUGUUGUAUUGUAUACAAUGACAAUAAAGCAUCUUAAAUGGAUAGUUCACCCCAAAAUGAAAAUUCAGUCAUUGUUUACUCACACCUGUGUUGUUAUAACCCCAUUUGACUUACUUUCUUUUUCUGAACACAAAGGGAGAAAUUGUGAGAAAAAAAAUUUGGAGCUCAGUGAUGUCACACAAUGGCAGUUUAUGGUGACCACCUCUUCAAGCUUUAAAAGGACGCAAAAGUAUAAUUCAGAAGUCUAAUAAAUUAUUCCAUGGGGCAACAUGGGGCGUUCAAGAGAAAAUGUGUUUUGUUUAUCUAAAAACAGGUCCAUCACAGCAAUAGAAACAACAGAACACAACACAGCUGCACACAAACCAGAGAACCGAACUUAUUAAAUAUGUCUGAUGAGUUUGUAAUCGGAGAAUAGAUGCAUUUCUAUGCCCAGCCUCAUUUAUUUGAAACAGAGUACUCAAUCAAACAGAGAGAGAUAGACAGAGGAGGCUGAAGGCAGCCACAGUCACAUUGUGUCCUAACCUGAUGGAAAAAACAACAUGCGAUAAAAGUUAUAUUUUCUGUGUUAAUCAGAGUUUCUGUUCUAACCAGCCGUGACAAGAGACGGUACAUUCUGUCGAUCGCUUGGUUUCUAUUUUCGGCAUUACAGUGGGAAACUCCGUCCACUAUGAACUGGCACCGGUCCAAAAACUCUCAUAACAGUUUAUUGAAGCAUUAGCCGUUUAAAAACUACUUGAUUUUGAAUGUUACACCUACUGUUUUUGCUGAGGUAUCGCUCUCUUCAGAUGGAGGUCUGUCACAAAUACUCACCGGUUCAGAAAAGAGAGGUGACUGUGUGUGUGUGUGUGUGUGUGUGUGUGUGUGUGUGUGUGUGUGUGUGUGUGAGAGUGAGUGUGUGUGUGUGUGUGUGUGUGUGAGUGAGUGAGUGAGUGAGUGAGUGAGUGAGUGAGUGAGUGAGUGAGUGAGUGAGUGAGUGAGUGAGUGAGUGAGUGAGUGCAGACUGGAUAAUUUUUUAUUAAACAGCCUUUUGCGAUUCAUAAGUCAUAUAGACUACUUUAAUGGAAAUUUCUGGUUUCAAUACAAUCAAUACAAUACAAUCAACAGCAUUUGUGGCAUAAUAUUGAUUACCACAAAAUUAAUUCAGACUCAUACCUCCUUUUCUUUAAAAAAUAAUGAAAAUUGAGGGAAGAGAGGCAGAAUGGAAGUCAAUGAGGACAAUUGUUUGAGGUUUAAAGGCAGAAAUGUGAAGCUUAUAACUUUAUGAAAUCACUUUUAUUAAUUAUUCUGGUAAGAAUUGUGUAUUAUUUGAGCUGUAAAAUAGUUUAAGUUGUUUUAACAGUUAUUUUAGAUUUACAUCGUCAUGGUAACGCAUUUGUAAAAUUUUCUAUAUCUUUCCACAGAUGCGGUUAGUAAGUGAUUGUGUGACAGUAAAAUCAUGUUAACACACAUAUUGUUUAUGUCUUGUGUCUAUACUUUUGAAACAGUGAGUAUUUUAAUGUUUACAGAUUGACCCCAUUGACUUCCAUUGUAAGUGUCUCACUGGAACACACAUUUUUGCUUUUUUUAAAGAAAAGGAGGGACGUGUCUAAAUAAUUUUUUGUGGUAAUCAGCAUUAUGCCACAAAUGCUGUCGAUUGAGUUUAACUUGUAUUGAACCCGGAAUAUUCCUUUAAUGGUGUUUUUAUGGUUCUUUUCUGUCAUUUUUUUAUUCGACGUUAGCGACCAUGACAAACAUGUGGUAUUGGAUUUGGAUCAGGUUCAUCGGACUGAUACCUGAUCCAGGUAAAAAUGUCAAUAUUGGAGCUGAUACCGUUCCAGGUAUCUGAUUGGUGCAUCUCUAGAUAAAACCCUGAAAGAUGUCUUAAGGUGUUGUAACCGUUGUAUAAUCAGAGUAAUUGUCUCUGUCCCGUUGAAUUAUUGAAAAUUAAUCUCUCUCGAGAAGUAACGGCCACUCACUAAUUUAACGGUCCAUCAUCAAUUAUUCCUCACAGAAAAUAAAUGUUUCAUCAAUGUGACAUCAUGUUUGUGU